GUUAAGACAAAAGCCAGAUAUAUAAGUGGAGAACCCAAUAUAUCUUUGUCUUUGUUAUUUUUCCUUCUCAUUCAUAGUUAAGACUUGCAGAUUCUUAGAAUUUCUAAUCUUUCUCUUAUAUUACCCUUUUGUCUCCUCCUUCUCUCUCUCUCUCUCUCUCUCAACAAUAUACAAAAACCUACUUUUAAUUUCUCUUACAAGAAGUUAAGAACCCAGAAGAAGACAUGACAGGUGACGUUCUCCAGACAGUCUCCAGCGGAUCAGGAUUUGCUCAGAACUCAUCAACUCUGGAUCAUGAUGAAUCUCUCAUCAAUCCUCCUCUUGUUAAGAAGAAGAGAAAUCUCCCUGGACAUCCUGAUCCGGAAGCUGAAGUCAUAGCUUUAUCUCCCAAGACCUUGAUGGCUACGAAUCGGUUCCUUUGCGAGGUAUGUGGUAAAGGUUUCCAAAGAGACCAAAACUUACAGCUUCAUCGCCGAGGACACAAUCUUCCAUGGAAGCUAAAGCAGAGGACAACCAAAGAAGUGAGGAAACGUGUCUACGUUUGUCCGGAGAAGACUUGUGUCCACCAUCACUCCUCCAGAGCUCUGGGCGAUCUCACCGGAAUCAAAAAGCAUUUCUGUAGGAAACACGGCGAGAAGAAGUGGAAGCGAGAUAGUUUCAUUACACACAGAGCUUUCUGCGAUGCCUUAGCGGAAGAAACCGCUAAGAUAAACGCAGCGUCUCAUCUCAACGGUUUAGCCGCAGCUGGAGCCGCAGGAAUCAAUCUCAACUAUCAAUAUCUCAUGGGAACACUCAACCCACCGCUUCAGCCAUUUGUACCACAACCGCAAACAAUUCAAAACCACCACCAUCAUUUCCUGCCGCCACCUCCGUCGUCUUCUUCGUCACUCUCCUUAUGGAUGGGACAAGACAUCGCGCCGCCUCAAACGCAACCGCAAGACUACGACUGGGUUUUUGGAAACGCUAAGGGUGCGUCUGCGUGCAUGAAUAAUAAUAAUAAUAAUCACCAUGAUGAGCUCAUUACGCGAACCGCAAACGCAAGCUCGACCACUACUACUACUCUCUCUGUCCCUUCUUUGUUCAGCAGCGACCAAACACAAAACGCAAACGCAAACGCGAAUAUGUCCGCUACGGCAUUAUUACAGAAAGCGGCUGAAAUUGGCGCCAAUUCGACGACGACGGCUGCCGCAGCUACCAACGACCCGUCGGCGUUUCUACAGAAUUUCCCGCUAAAAUCCUCCGAUCAAACCACUACUUAUGACGGCAGCGAAAAGUUCUUUGCUUUGUUCGGAUCGAACAACAACAUUGGACUGAGUCAAAAUCAUGAUCAGGAGAUUGAGAACGCUAGAAAUGACGUUACGGUUGCGUCUGCGAUGAAUGAAUUACAGAAUUACCCAUGGAAGCGUAGAAGAGUUGAUGGUGGAGGAGAAGGAGGUGAAGGAGGACAAACUCGGGAUUUUCUUGGGGUCGGUGUACAAACGUUGUGCCAUCCAUCGUCUAUCAAUGGAUGGAUUUGAAACGAUUUAAAAAGUUUCGGGGGAAAUGGAUAAAUAAUGAAAAAGGACAAGGAAUCUUUUGUAAUUUCCACCAUUUUCUAAGAACACAUAUGGUAAUGGAAGUUGUUUUCAUUUAGUAAUUCAACGUUAUCAAGUUUAUGAACAUGUGAUUACAUAUUUAUAUAAACAAUGAAUAUGUAUAUACUCG